AUGAUGGUGCCUCACCAAGAAGCAAUGGCAGCCUCUUUCAAGAACAAGGCAACAAUGCGAGUUCCAGGCCACAACAACCAAUCCACCAUGGGAUCUCUUCGAGGUCUUGUCGCCAGCGAUACCAAUAGGUUGACUGAAAGCGACAUGUAUGCAAGUUUCCCCAAAGUGGAAUCAACAGCCCUACAUUCACCCAGAAUGGUAUACGCAGCACCCAUUGUUGUCGCUCCCAACAUUCGUGAAUAUCGUGUAGCUGAUGUGCACAACCCCGUAUCAUCGCGUCAGUACGAGUUGCCAUACCACAAUGAUCAUCAUCAUACCCAACAACAACCAGAGCAGGUGUCACAACAACAACAGCAACGAUAUCGAGAUGUGGCUAGAUCCAUUGGAUUGGCACGACCUGAAGGAUGGGGUGUGGCUAUGGAACAUAUUUGGUCUCGGCGAUCACCUCCAACUUUGCCUCCGUUGAUGUGUUCUAAUAGCCACCUUCCUCUAGCAACGACAAGCUCACCUCCUCCUGCUUCACAGCAACAUCAUCAUCAUCAUCCACAGCAACCCAUCGUGGCCCCACAACAACAAUCACCAGUGCCAUUUUAUACCAACGAUCACCAACCAUCUUCAUCUGUGGAGAGUAUUACAGGCACCUUGGCAACAUCAACGCACGAAAUACAGGCACCUCUUCCCCAACAACCCACUACGAGUGUGGCUUCUUCAUUCUCCUCUUCAGUGAUUACGCCUCGUAAAGAUGUUGGUGUGAUAGCACGUCCCACUUGGUCACAAAUCACCUCUGGUGUCAAAGCCUUAUCAACCAAUGACGCUGCUACUACAACUACCAGUCGCCCUAUUGCUCCUAUUCCAGCAACUUCCCAUUCCUUGAAGCCUGCAUCUGUUGUACGUCGCAAAUUCAAUCGCCCUUCUUUGGUUCCAAAGGAUUCAUCUGCAACAACGACAACAACAACACCAGUGCCAAGUCAAAGCGACAAGACGAAUGGCACUGAACGUGGCUCUCAACUUGUAUCGAAAGGACCCAGAGUGGACAAUAGCAUGAAAUUGUUAUCUGAAUCAUUAUCCUACUUGUGCGACAAUCCUCUUUCGUAUACAACGUCAAACCGUUAUCCAGUGAUUCGAUUGUCCAAUAUCCCUUGGACCAUCUCCAUUAAAGAGAUUGAGGCAAUCUUCAAGAACGUCAAGUUCCCUGAUCCCAAGGAUCAUGCACAAAGCAUCCACAUCAUCAUUAACAAGACUACGGGCAAAACCCAAUCCGAUGCCUUUGUGGAAGUGGCAACAGAAAAGGAAGCUGAAAGAGCUGUGAAGCAUUAUCGCAACUUGCCUGUCAAGGGUCGUAAGCUCUUUAUUGAGCACAGCAGCUAUGAAGAAAUGAUGAAGAAGCUUUUCCCUGAUUGGCCAGGAACAUUUGUGGAUGGCAAAGCAGUGUACGAUCCUUCAGAUAUGGCGAGUGUCACAUCGUCGUCGUCAAACCAAUCCCCACCUUUACUUCUUCCACGUCGUGAAAUCGAAAACUUGUUGGGUGUUUGUAAGAAUUUCAAGGUCCACUUUUCUCGCAAAUGUGGCGAGCGUCCCUUUGAGAACUUCAUUUCCAUCCUCGUCAGAUUCCCUUGGGACCAACCUAAUCUCAUUACUACCAUGCAACGGGACCAUCUCUACGAGUACUACAAGCUGGCAACCAGCGUAUUGAAAACGCAUAUGGAGAAGCCAUAUGUAAACCUUGAUCGUGAUUUGGUUUUCCGCAUGAUUCGUGCAGCUCUCCAAUGUCCAGGUUUCACAGUGCCUCAAAAGCGGGGUAUCCUUGCUGCAGCAAACGUGCCAUGCCCUCCUCAAUUGCAAGCCUAUAUCGAAAUGCCUUCCACUCCCACUCCACCAGAAGAGGCUUAA